UUAUCGGUAUCGAAAGCAUUCCAUUGGGCAACAGCAAAUACGAAAAAAGCAAAAACAACAAUACACGAUAAAACUGGACGCAGUAUGAGCUGAAAGCUUGUUUACGUGUCCGUGCCUUCUUCAUAGCCAAAAAAUUGUUGAAGACACAACGCGCACGGUAGGCGGGCAGCGCGUACUGUCAACGCAGCAAUUGUUUAUCACCGAAACAGGUGUUUCCCUUUAUUUUCUUUUCUUUUUUCAUUUUCGUUUCGUUCUUAUUUGUUUUUGUUUAAACUAUUUUGGUUCAAACUCACGCUUUGCCGGCUCUGAUAUCAAAACAGACGCUAAGCGCAAAAUGAAUAUACACGUCAACGCCAACACGCUCAAGUAUGUGAGCCUGCUCACAUUAACAUUACAAAAUGCGAUCUUGGGUCUCAGCAUGCGCUAUGCGCGCACUCGGCCGGGCGACAUAUUUCUUAGCUCCACAGCUGUUUUGAUGGCGGAGUUUGUUAAGCUAAUCACAUGCUUGGUGCUGGUCUUCAAUGAGGAGGGCAAAGAUGCCCAGAAAUUUGUGCGCUCGUUGCACAAGACGAUCAUUGCCAAUCCGGUGGAUACGCUGAAAGUGUGUGUUCCAUCGCUGGUGUACAUUGUGCAGAACAAUCUGCUGUAUGUGUCCGCAUCGCACUUGGAUGCGGCCACCUAUCAGGUGACAUACCAGCUAAAGAUCCUGACCACCGCAAUGUUCGCCGUUGUCAUACUGCGCCGAAAGCUAUUCAACACACAGUGGGGCGCUCUGCUGCUGCUCGUCUUGGGCAUUGUACUGGUGCAGCUGGCACAAACAGACGGCGGCGCCGGCACCGGCGGUAGUGCCGGUGGUAACACUGUUUCAACAGCUGCCAGUGCAACGCUGACGUCGCCCUUGGCGCCCGCGCAGAACCGUAUGCUGGGCCUGUGGGCGGCAUUGGGUGCCUGUUUCUUGUCCGGCUUCGCUGGCAUCUACUUUGAGAAGAUCUUGAAGGGUGCCGAAAUCUCCGUGUGGAUGCGCAACGUUCAACUCAGUCUGCUGAGCAUACCGUUCGGACUGUUGACCUGCUUUGUAAACGAUGCCAGUCGCAUCUAUAAUUUUGGCUUCUUUCAUGGCUAUGAUGUCUUUGUGUGGUAUCUGGUGCUGCUGCAGGCAGGUGGCGGCCUUAUCGUGGCCGUCGUUGUUAAGUAUGCGGACAAUAUACUUAAGGGAUUCGCCACCUCUCUGGCGAUCAUCAUCUCCUGCAUCGCAUCUAUCUACAUUUUCAAUUUCAACCUAACGCUCCAGUUCAGUGCAGGCGCCAUGCUGGUUAUUGCCUCAAUAUUUCUUUAUGGCUAUGAUCCUGCCCGUGCCAAUGCCAAGCCUGUGUCCCACACUGACGCCGGUGACGAGGAGAAACUACUGCCACGGGUCUGAGCAAACGCGAUGCACUCGAAUAGGCCUCUGUUCACCAAUCUAAUCCUAGGCAACAUCAUGUUUUCUUUUCCUUUGCCAACAGUAUUGUAUUGUUGUUUAUGUUUUCCUUUUUACUUUGGGCCCCUCGAAGUCCACGUGAUUAUUGUAUUUGUACUUCAACUUGAUAUUCGUACUGCUUUUGAUAUUUUACGCGGAAGCCUUAAGCAUUCCCAAAUAACCUCAUAUGUAUAUGCAUAUGCGUAUAUAUAUAUUUAUAUUAAGUCCCAUUGAUCGAAUUGAAUAAGACGCUCGGGCUAACAUUACGUAUUUAUAUAUAAAGUUCUUUAGCCGGCAACUGAACUACUCAGACCAUCAGUUUUAUGUGUUAAAUAAAUUCAAAAAGCAAAAAUAU